GGUUCGACGUCAGAAUAGGCCUGCAGUGACGUAACAUCCGUUAAAACUGUUAUUGCUUUUCGCGCAACAACUGAAGUGUCUGCGUGUUCUAUCCGAUCCAGAGAAAGUUUCACUUGUAGCAGGUAACCAUGGCCAACCAAACAAUGGACAUCUUAUCAAUGGUUUUGGAGCAAUCGGCCAAGCUGGUGGAGGAGAAGGUGGAUGCACAUUUGAGCAAACUGAAUGAAAUGGAUGAAGAUGAUUUGGACAGACUGAAGGAGAAGCGAUUAGAGGCACUUAAAAAAGCUCAGAAACAAAAGCAGGAGUGGUUGACUAAAGGCCACGGAGAGUACAGGGAAAUCGCGAGUGAGAAAGACUUUUUCAGCGAGGUCAAGGAAAGCAAGAAUGUCGUCUGCCACUUCUACAAAAAUUCCACCUUCAGAUGUAAGAUCCUUGACAAACACUUGGCCAUCUUGGCAAAGAAGCACGUUGAGACCAAAUUCAUCAAACUGGAUGUGGAGAAGGCCCCCUUUCUGACGGAUAGGCUGCGGAUCAAGGUUAUUCCCACGCUGGCUUUGCUUUUAGACGGAAAGACGAAGGACUACGUGGUUGGAUUCUCUGACCUGGGAAACACUGACGAGUUUCCUACAGAGAUGCUUGAAUGGAGACUUGGCUGUGCAGAUGUUAUCAACUACAGUGGUAACCUGAUGGAACCUCCUACAAUGGGACAGAGAUCCGGCACAAAGUUCACAAAAGUGGAGAAGAAAACCAUCAGAGGGGGAACUUAUGACUCAGAUUCUGAUUCUGGAGAUGACUGAAGUGCAGCUAUAUAUUUGUGUGAUUUUAAUUUCGGGCUACCACUUUAACAAAAAAAAUACUACAAAAAAAUAAGCCCACUAUCUCAACUCCAAAAAUUCACUUUUGGAAUGUUCUCAAAUUUACUUUUGUUGUUGGCAUUGGAAUAGCAUAACAAAAGAACCGAUUAGCUGUAUUGAUAAAAGUGAUAUACAGUGGUAUGAAAAAGAUUGGGCACCCCUGAUCAUUUAAGAUUUUCCUUUAUGUUUCAUUGGUUGUUCGGAACAGCAAUUUCAAUUAAAUAAAUCAUAUAGCAGACAAACAGUGAUAUUUAAGAAGUGAAAUGAAGUUUAUAGGAUUUACAGAAAGUGUUCUUUUGUUAUGGAGUUGAGAUAGUGGGCUAUCAUAUUCAAUUGAGCAAAUUAUCAGAGGUGCCCAAACUUUUUCAUAACACUGUACCAUCCCAUUAUUCUUUUUUUUAAAUUUAGGCUUGUUUGAUGAAUUGUUUGUGACCAUGAGCUAGAGCAGUGAUUCUCAACUGGUGGGUUGCAGGCCAUUGCAUGGGAAAAUAAAAAUUAUAAUAAAACACAAAAAAAAUUCAUCCUGUUA